AUGGCCCUGCAAGGAGUCGCUCUGGGCCCCGGUUGCAGGCCCAGGGCCUGCAGAGCCUUUAGCUCUGUGCCUCAUCCCCUCCUGGCCCCGCCUGGCCACGUGCUAGCUUCCCUCCCCUUUCUUCGGCUCUCCGUCUGGGCCCCAGACACUGGAGUUUCAUUUCGUUUUACCCUUACUUUUUGGUUUGCUUUCCCUUUGUCCUUUCUGUUUAUUUUUUCCCAAUUUUCUUUUACUCUGUCUCUUCUUGUCACAGCUUUCCUCCAUUUCACCUCCUCAUUGCUGUUUUUCUCCCUGGCUUUCCGAGUGUGUCUGUUUUCCCACGUUCUGGGAUGCAGUCUCGUUGGUUUGGGCUUAGUCUCCCUCCUAAGCGCUCCUUUCAUGGGGGGAUGGACAGGGAUGGCAGGAGGCGCGAGCGCCCUGGGCAGCAUCACUGAGAUUGAUGCUGAUGACUGGCUGUCUGGAAGAGAAGGCAGGCAGGGCUGGGACGGAGGCGAGCUCCUUGGAAGUCCCAGCAUCUAUAGAGAUCGCAAAGACCUCUUUGUCCCUUCUUCCAGAAGCCUCUGUCCAAACCAGGGCUGCAGCUCUGGGGGCUUCUACCUGGGCUUCUGCUGCUGGAUGCACGUUCCAUGCUGUGGCUAGUCAGCCACUUCAGAGCACUGGGUUUCCUUAGGACCGAGCCCUGAUUUAAGAAAAAAGCCCCCUCGUUUUUAGCCCAGCAUUAAAGGGUUUGGUUCCUGCUGUUUCUAUCAUUUCAAAGCCCCAGCACAGGUAUUUAAGAGCCAACUGCCACGCUUGUGGGGGUGAGGGAGGCUCUUUCUAGUUGGGUCCUGUGGAGCCUCCCUGUGGAUGCGCAUGUGUCAUGAGGCCUGGAGCCGCCAGGUUGACUCCGAGACCCCAUCAAAUGGGAUGUUCUUCUAGAGUUCGUCCUUUAUUGAGUGUUUAUUGCAUGUCACAUGUCACGCAUGGGCUUGUGGAGCCUACCCACUCUACAGAUGAGGAACCAGGCUCAGAGGAGUGAGCAGUGUGACCGAAGUUACUGAGCCUGUCUGUAGCCGGGUUGGGAAUCCCACUUUGAUAAAUCCGAUACUUAACCCUUACUCUGAACUAUCAUUGUUUUCCUGCUAAACUUUUAUAGCAGAGGCUUUCAAAUUUGGGGGACUUCAACCCACAGUCAGAAUUUCAUUUUAUAUGUUCACAUCCUAUAUAUAUUUAUAAAACAAACUUUUCACGGAACAAUGUACCCCUAUAUCUCUGGAGUAUUCUAAAAUUUUCUAUUCUGUUCCAUCUUUUGCACUGCAUUCUAUUUAUGAAAAAUCUUGGUUGGUUGGGAGUCACUGAGGUAAUGUCAUGACUCACUAAUGGGUCACGACUAACACUGGAAAAUACUGCCUGUGAGACAUGCAAACCCUUUUGUUGGUGUUGUGCUGCUGAGCCGCUUGUGCUAUCUGUGGACUGUGGACUGGAUAGGGCCGUGGACUGGAGAGCACUCUGAACCCUGGGCAACUGAGAAGAAGAGGUGGCUGCAGGGCAGGGGUGCUGUUAAUUAUGCUAAUGACAGCUUGUGCUUCUCAGACUGGGAACUGUCCUCUUUCACUGGGGGCCUGGUCACCUGAGGGGCAUGCCCUGAGGGCCCUAUCAUCUCUCCAGGUUUUCUUUCCUCCCUCUCUCCUUUCUUUCUUUCUUUCUUUCUUUCUUUCUUUCUUUCUUUCUUUCUUUCUU